AGCCUUGUGUAUAUGAUUAUUAUUGUAUAAUAUUUCGUCCACAAUCCCGCGUGACAUUGCUUCUACAUACCAAACCUUCACCAAUAUUAUAUAUACUAGAUGUAUUUUCCAGUAGUUGUUAAUUCUCAGCCAACAUAACCUAAAGUGAUUCUCCUUUAACUAUUCUUCCCUCCAAUUUCAUUUCUUUUUAUGUUCAUCACCAUGGCACUCUCCAGUUCCGCCGUAAUCCACAACCACAUGAACAUGAACAUAAACAUGAAACGGUUCGAUAUGGCUCGAGUUCAUCAAGAAUUGACUCUUGAAAUUCCAAAAUCAAAGAGGCCAAACAGGGCGAUGAAUUUGGCGGAAUCCAUUUGCAAUGUCCUUCAUCGUCCUCCUUCACGCAGCAUAGACUUGCUAAGGUACCAUGAAGAGAAACUUUCAACGCCAACCAUGUCUCCAAGAGAAGAUAUCUCACAAAAAUGGCGCCAAAUCCACGGUUGCUCAAACUGGGAGAACAUUCUAGAUCCUCUUCAUCCCUGCCUACGCAGAGAAAUUCUCAAGUACGGAGAAUUCUCACAAGCCACCUACGACGCCUUUGAUUAUGACUCUCUCUCCCAGUACUGUGGCAGUUGCCGUUACAACCGUAACAAACUCUUUCAGAAAUUGGGUCUUUCUAGAAACGGUUACGCCGUUACUAAGUACAUAUAUGCCAUGUCACACAUCGAUCUGCCACGCUGGCUUGAGAGGUCCCUCGUGCCUGACACGUGGAGCAGAGACUCCAAUUGGAUUGGUUACGUGGCUGUAAGCGAUGACCAAGAGACACGUAGGAUUGGAAGGCGGGACAUCGUGGUUGCGUGGCGUGGCACGGUGGCGCCAUGCGAGUGGUACGAGGAUUUUCAGAGGAAAUUGGAUCCAAUUGGGAAAAAAGGCGCCAAAGUGGAGCAUGGCUUUUUAAGCAUUUACACUUCCAAGAGUGACACAACAAGGUAUAAUAAAUCAAGUGCGUCUGAUCAGGUGAUGAAGGAGAUUACAAAAUUGGUGAAAUUCUAUGAAGAAAAGGGUGAGGAAGUUAGUGUCACAAUCACUGGGCAUAGCCUGGGUGGUGCAUUGGCAUUGCUGAAUGCAUAUGAAGCAGCAUAUAAAGUUCCAAAUAAUGUUCCAAUUAGUGUAAUAUCUUUUGGGGCACCAAGAGUUGGAAACAUUACAUUCAAACAAGAGUUGGAAGAAAUGGGAGUGAAGACACUGCGUGUUGUGGUGAAGCAAGAUUGGGUGCAUAGAAUGCCAGGGCUUGUUUUCAAUGAGGCCUUCAAGGUGUUUGAUGAAAUAACAAGUUUGGAAUGGGUUUACACACACGUUGGUGCUGAGUUGAAACUUGAUGUUGGUUCAUCUCCUUAUCUCAAAGGUGGAGGGAUGAACUUGUCAGGGUUUCAUAGCUUGGAGACAUACCUUCACCUUGUUGAUGGCUACUUGAGCAGUGAGACACCGUUUAGGAAUGAAGCUAAAAGGGAUGUUGCUUUGGUUAAUAAGUAUUGUGACAUGCUUGUUGAUGAGCUUAGGAUUCCACAAUCUUGGUACCAAUUAGCUAACAAAGGUUUGGUCUGUAAUGAUCAUGGAAGAUGGGUCAAACCCAAAAGAGACCCUGAUGAUAUUCCUUCACACCAUGAUGACCCUCUUGUUCCAGAUGAAACGCAAACAUAUAUGAUGACUUUGGUGUCCUCUUAGAACAUAAUGAAAUGAGUAUUUAUAGGAAACAUAAUUACAUUAUUAAAACUGUCUCAGUAAAGGUGCAUGGACUAAAAAACAAACUCAAUUUUAAGAUAUAAGUAAUCUGGAAUUCUUAAAUAUAUCAUCGCGAAUGACAUCUUUGAUUAAAACUUAAAAAGUCUAAAUGCAUGUUCCGUCUUUUAACAAAUCACUUUUGAAAAUAUAUACUUCGACUCUAGUUAUUUUUCAUUUUUUGUCAUAUGACCUUGAGAUGAUCAAGGUUUUAUUUCAGGAAGUACUCCAACUCUCUAACUGAUUAAUUAUAAUAUUACCAUAUGAUUUUUUUUUAUCGAAGAUAAAGAGACUCCAACCCGCGAGCUUUUAGGUAAGUAUGUGGAGACGAUGCCAUUUGAGCUAUCAUUUGUUGGCACCAUAUGAUUUUUUUGGUAAUGUAUAUAUCCCUGAAUGUAUUAAUAAAAUAUAAAC